AUGGCGAUCCAAAAGAAGCACGGCAAAGGACGGCUUGACAAAUGGUAUAAGCUCGCCAAAGAGAAAGGAUACCGAGCCCGAGCGGCCUUCAAGUUGAUUCAAUUGAACAAGAAGUAUGGAUUUCUGGAAAAGAGCCGGGUGCUGCUGGAUCUCUGCGCCGCACCGGGAUCCUGGUGUCAAGUUGCUGCCGAGACGAUGCCUGCGCAAAGUCUGAUUGUCGGUGUCGAUCUGGCUCCCAUUAAGCCCAUCCCCCGCGUCAUCUCCUUUCAGAGCGAUAUUACUACGGACAAAUGUCGAGCGACUAUUCGACAGCACUUGAAGCACAUGAAAGCGGACACGGUUUUGCAUGAUGGGGCCCCCAACGUUGGUGUGGCGUGGGUACAAGAUGCUUUCUCACAAGCGGAACUGGUUCUGCAGUCAAUGAAGUUGGCAACAGAGUUCCUGAAAGAAGGCGGCACUUUUGUCACAAAGGUCUUCAGGUCGAAGGACUACAACGCGCUGCUUUGGGUGUUCAAACAACUAUUUUCAUCGGUCGAGGCUACCAAACCGCCUUCUUCCAGAAACGUGUCAGCAGAAAUCUUUGUCGUAUGCAGAGGGUUCAGGGCACCAAAGAGACUGGAUCCCAAAUUUUUGGACCCGAAACAUGUUUUUGCGGAGUUGCAGGAACCCACACCGAACAACGAAGCCAAGGUUUUCAAUCCCGAAAAGAAGAAGCGGAAACGAGAAGGUUACGAAGAAGGCGAUUGGACACAACAUAAAGAAGUUCCCGUCAGCGAUUUCAUUCACACUUCCGACCCGAUCGCGAUUCUAGGCUCCGUCAACACACUCAGUUUCGAGCAGCCACCCAACGGCGAUCUUGCAUUAGCCACAAUAAGUCGGCUACCCGAGACGACGGCCGAAAUUCGACAAUGUUGCGCAGACUUGAAAGUGCUAGGAAAGAAGGAAUUCCGGACAUUACUUCGAUGGCGGCUGAAAGUCCGCGACCAGUUUGGCCUGUCAAGCAAAGCCAAAAAGCAGGAGCAGGAAACACAGCUCAAACAGCAGGAAGGAGAGGAGGUGGCACAUGUCGAGUCGAUGGAAGACGAUCUCAAACUUCAAGAAGAACUGCAGAGACUGAAGGAUCAAGACUCUAAGGAAAAGAGGAAGGAGCGGCGGAAAGAAAACGAGAGGAAACGCAAAGAGAUCGUCCGGAUGCAGAUGCACAUGACUGCGCCGUAUGACAUUGCAUUGGAGCAGAGUGGCCCGGGAGAUGAAGGGUCUAUGUUCAGCCUCAAAGCGGCUGAUAGGGCUCAGGAUUCUGUUCGGAGUGCCACCGAAGAAAUGGUGGAUGAGGAAGAUCCGGACUCGGAAGCCCCAGAGGAUGGUUCUGAGAGUGAUGAGGAUGAGGCCGGCGACAGGCUUGAAAGGGAACUCGACUUAAUGUACGAAACUUAUCAGCAAAGGAGGGAGGAAGCAGACGCGAAGGCGCGAGCAAAGCGAGCAAGGAAGGAGAAAGAAACCGAUGAAUGGGACGGUCUAUCCGAUGACGCAGAUACCCCUGGCGAUAUUGCGACUGACGCGGGCUCUGAUGACGAGCAAGACGGCUACCCUCUAAAACAAAUUCCGAAGAGUGAGGGUCUUUCCACCAAAGCGGCCAUGUUCUUUGAUCAGGAAAUUUUCCAGGACUUGGGCCUCGAUGAUGAACAAGAAGACUUGGACAAGGAUAGCGCGAUUGAGAUGGACGAUGAUGAUUCUACAGAUCACACAAACUCCGUCGCCGCAAAAGCUUACACAUCGAAAGAGCAGCGAGACAAACCUCUCAAGUCAGCAUUGAAGAAACAACGCCCGUCGCUUCAGUCAGCAGACGUUGAAUCGGAACCCGACGCUGAUACUAUCGUCAAAACCACUGCCUCCUCUAACACCAACCCUCCACGGCCCGAAGAUCCGUUAACACCGUCCGGCCACUUGGAUGUCGAUAUAAUCACCGCCGAAGCCAUGACCCUCGCGCACUCUCUCGCGACCAAGCAAACCACCUCCAAAGACCUGAUCGACGACAAUUUCAACAAAUACACCUUCCGCGACACCGACGGUCUCCCGGACUGGUUUUUGGAUGACGAAGACCGACACUCUCGCCCUAUCAGACCCAUCACGGCCGCGGCCGCGGCCGCCAUCAAGGAAAAGAUGCGCGCGUUGAACGCCCGGCCGAUCAAGAAGGUUCUGGAAGCGAAAGGGCGGAAGAAGAUGAAAGCCGCUCAACGAUUGGAGAAGCUGCGCAAGAAAUCGGCGCUAUUGCUCGAAGACGAAGGGGUAAGUGAAAAGGACAAGGCCUCGACCAUUGCGAGAAUGAUGGCUCGGGCAGCCAAAAAGGGCAGACCGAAGGAGAAGGUCAAGCUGGUCGUGGCGAGGGGUGCGAAUAGGGGUGUCGCCGGCCGCCCCAGGGGCGUCAAGGGCAAAUACAAGAUUGUGGACGCGCGGCUGAAGAAGGAUGUGAGGGCUGAGAAGAGGCUGAAGAAGAAGUUGAAGUAG